CACGCACACGCACGGCAUGAGGAGCGUGCGCACGCACACAGACAGCUUGGCACUGAUUUUUGUACCAGCAAGCGCCACCGCGUCUACUACAACACACUACUCGAAAAACCUACAACGCUGCUGCUUCUGCUCCUGCUGCUGUUGUUGCCGCCGCCGAACACUCGCAUUCGCUCACUCACUCACUCACACGCACGCAGUCCGUAGCGUCGACCAGACUCUCUCGGUUAUUAUUUGUUUGUUUGUUUUUCCGUUUUUAAUACUAUUAUUUAUAUUAAUGUAAUUACAAUAAUAACGAUGAUAAUAAUAUUAAUAACAACAACAUUAUAAAACCGCUCCGUUUUAUCGUUUUUGUACGUCGUCGUCGCUAGUCACUGCGUUAAUCGUGCGUUGUUUCGGUCGAUAUACGAUAUAAUAAUAUUAUUGUUAUUAUAUUUUAUAUAAAUUAUAUUUAUCGUUUUCCAAUUGUUGUAAAAUUUAUAACACGGCAAUACGGUACACGCGUCGCCGUUAUUUCAACAUAAUAAUAUAAACUAUAUUAAAAUACUGUUGCGUUUUGUACGCACGACGAAAACCGCCGCGAUUACGUUAUAAAUCGCAUUAAAAUAUCAUAUUUUUAUAAUAUCGUUUCGUAACGUGUAACGUCGUCGCAGUGUUCACGGACAAGAUGGCCCACGGCGCUCCGGACGAACCCGUCGGCAAGGUGGAAGAAAAGCGGCCCAAGGCGCCAGUCGGAUCCAGAAGGAUAUUUCCACCACAGUUCAAGUUGCAGGUGUUGGAUUCAUAUCGACAAGACUCCGAUUGCCAAGGGAAUCAGCGAGCCACAGCCCGCAAGUAUGGUAUUCACCGCCGUCAGAUACAGAAAUGGUUGCAAACGGAGAACAGCCUGCGGUUGGCAGUGCAACAAGCUUCUGGCGCUCCGAAACCCUCAAAAAUUGCUGCUACUUCUGCUGCUGUGACAGCAGUUGCUGUUGCUGCAGCUGUUGUGGAUACUACAUCAGGUUCAGACAGUGAUGUUAAUGUUGAAGACUUAUCAGACACAGAAGACUCAGCUCUGGAUUUGUCUACUACUACUUGCUUAGAUUUGACCAAGCGCAAACGUGAAGAAGAAGAUCUUGAUCCAUGCAAGAGGCGAUCUUUGGCUCCUGUCACGUCUAAUGAACGACCAUUAUAUGUCAGCCCUAUCAGAUAUCCUUACGUCGAUUAUCCCCUGUUCUACUGUUGGCCACCGUGUUGUUACAGGCCACCGUGCUAUGUAGAGCGACCUGUACCCCAAAGACUGACUUGUUCAUUAGAUUUGAAGGUGUGUACUUAUGAACAAAAGGAACCUUCUCUUUUGGACAUAUCUUACCCUCAACACUGGAACAAACAGGACUACAGAUUUCCAAGUUCAGUAUAAAUACUACCUAUGUGUUCACAUGGGUUACGCUUGUUAUUCUUGCACUGUAAGUAUCAAUAAAUAUGAAAAAAAAUUUCAGAUGAUCUUUGUAACUGUUUGAAUUGAA